AUGGCGGAAAACGGGGACGUGGGGCACGGUGCCACGGCGCCUGACGAUUCCCGACCUCUCAUUUUCUUCUGCACUGGCAAUUCAAACAAGUUGGCGGAGGUUCAACAAAUCCUAGGAGAUCGAAGCGUUCGACUCGUUGCGGCAAAUGUUGACUUGCCCGAGCUUCAAGGGGCGUCACCUGCUGAGAUUGCAGAAGCCAAGUGUCGAUCCGCUGUGCGCCAACUGCAGCUUUCGGACGCAGAAUUGCCGCAGAACGCACUCGUGAUGGUUGAAGAUACUUGCCUGUGCUUCAACGCGCUCAAAGGUUUACCAGGUCCAUAUGUGAAAUGGUUUCUUCACAAACUUGGACCAGAGGGACUCCCAAGCCUCCUAGCAGCGUAUGAGGAUAAGAGCGGCUAUGCGUUGUGCACACUGUGCGUGGCAGAGGUUGGCAGAGUUAAACACGAAGGCGACGAACCGCAUUUCCACACCCUUGAAGGCCGCACAGACGGCAUUAUCGUGACGGAGCCACGAGGAAAGCGCGACUUCGGAUGGGAUCCGAUCUUUCAGCCUGAUGGAUUCAAGUUGACCUACGCAGAAAUGGACAAGGCUGUGAAGAAUUCUAUAUCGCAUCGAUAUAAGGCAAUGGAAGCGCUUAAGGAGGCGGAUCGCCACCGCUUUUCUGUUCAGAUGUUGGCAUACAAAGUGGGGCCCUUUGUGGGCACCAAAGCCUAA